UUCCUCCGGGCCGAGAGCGACGGCCCGGGCGGCGGCGGCGGGCUGCAGCCGCGGCAGGGCGACAGCAUGUCCAAGCCGGUGGACCACGUCAAGCGGCCCAUGAAUGCCUUCAUGGUGUGGUCGCGGGCUCAGCGGCGCAAGAUGGCCCAGGAGAACCCCAAGAUGCACAACUCGGAGAUCAGCAAGCGCCUGGGCGCCGAGUGGAAGCUGCUCACCGAGUCGGAGAAGCGGCCGUUCAUCGACGAGGCGAAGCGCCUGCGAGCCAUGCACAUGAAGGAGCACCCCGACUACAAGUACCGGCCGCGGCGCAAGCCCAAGACGCUGCUCAAGAAGGACAAGUUCGCCUUCCCCGUGCCCUACGGCCUGGGCGGCGUGGCCGACGCCGAGCACCCGGCGCUCAAGGCGGGCGCCGGGCUGCACGCGGGCGCGGGCAGCGGCGGCCUGGUGCCCGAGUCACUGCUCGCCAAUCCCGAGAAGGCGGCCGCUGCCGCCGCAGCCGCCGCGGCGCGCGUCUUCUUCCCGCAGUCGGCGGCCGCCGCCGCCGCCGCCGCGGCCGCGGCGGCCGCCGGGAGCCCCUACUCGCUGCUUGACCUGGGCUCCAAGAUGGCAGAGAUCUCGUCGUCCUCGUCCGGCCUCCCGUACGCGUCGUCGCUGGGCUACCCGACCGCGGGCGCCGGCGCCUUCCACGGCGCGGCGGCGGCGGCUGCAGCGGCGGCCGCGGCCGCCGGGGGGCACACGCACUCGCACCCCAGCCCGGGCAACCCGGGCUACAUGAUCCCGUGCAACUGCAGCGCGUGGCCCAGCCCCGGGCUGCAGCCGCCGCUCGCCUACAUCCUGCUGCCGGGCAUGGGCAAGCCCCAGCUAGACCCCUACCCCGCGGCCUACGCCGCCGCGCUAUGACCCCCGCGGGGCGGCCUUGCCGGGACCGGUGUGCCCACGUGUACAUAUGUAUAGGUACGAGCUCUGCGGCCUCCCCAAGCGCCCUCCCGCGACGGGGGCCCCCCGGUGUGUGUGUACAUAAGGUGUAUAGGUGCCAGUCGGGGCGCGAGUGGCCGAGCGCGCGAAUACGCGGGCGAGUGUGCGUGUGAAUUGACAGGAUCCUUUCAGACCUGCACCCCGCAGACAACUUUCAAGAGGGCAGUUGUAUCCGGCAGCGGUGGCUGUUCGCUUUGCACUUCGGAACCUGUUGCGUUUUGGCCCACAGAGGUGGAGGAAUAACUUUUUUUUGACAUGUUGGGCUUUCCAGCUUUCUCUGUGGGAAGUUUACUGUCGGUUUUGCUUUUGUUGCCCAUUGUUUUUCUUUUAUUAUUAUUAUUUUCUCCUGGUCUGUGUUGCAUGCACUCUGUUCAAACGUUAGGUCUGAAAUGGUUGGCACAAGGGAAAAGCUGAUCGGUGUCAUUAGUUUCUCGGAACGGGAUGGCUCUGAGCAGCCUUGCUCCCUAUUUGUACUAUUUGAACUUUGCAAAUCUCUGUUCUCUCAAGCAGAACCCCUAGACCGGAUCCAUUCUUGACCAGUGACCGGCUCGAAUCUGGCCUUUUGUGUGUGAGACGAUCACGGUUUCUUUUGUUUAUCCUGCCAUAUGCAAAUCAGACCAAGAGCUCUUUCUCAAGAGCAAGGACCGCAAACAAGAAAUGUGUGUGAAAUGAAAAGUUGUCAAUUGGAUUUUCUCCCUUAAAACAAAAAAUCUACUAGAAGUCUCCCUGAGUCCACUUGCUAGAAUUUUUGACACAGUUUACACAGAAAAAGGCAUUGUUCCUAUUUUUUCAUUAUGGCUGAGUUUCACCUUCAGAUUGUAAAUGUGUAUAUGUCCGUGAAAGCAUUGAGUCUGAAAAUGUGUUAUUUGCGUUGCCCUAAAUGUGAGUCAGUUUUCGACUCUCAAACAUUUUGAACAAAUGUCAAAGUUAACUUCUAAAAAUUGCGAGACUAUUUCAGACCCGCAAUUUUAUCUAAGAUUAAAUCAGACUUUUUUGUCUGAGUGGUAAUUAUAUAUUUAUUAUUUAGCAAAACAAAACAAAAACCAGAAUUGUUUUGACAGAUGUCUCUUCUUUCAGCUAGCAUUUCUCCACCAACUCAAACCGCUUAAAUGUGUUUUGGAGUUCCCUCCCUAAUUAGCUUAUUUUUUAGAUCACCUGCAAUUCAUUUGCAAAUGAUGAUAAAACACAUUUUAGAGAAAAGAACCUCAUUUGUAGCUUUUUUCUUUUUAAGUGUAUAUAUUUUGACUACUGUUUGUGAAUGAAGUUGGCUAACAUGUAUUUAGUUUCAUUUUGGCUUUAUGUAAUAUAAAGUUUUUAAAAGUUUAAGUAUUGGUUUUAACCUUUAUGUGUAAAUGGUUUUUCUUGUGUGAUCUUCUAAUUUAAUAUUAGACGUCUAAACUAUAUCUGUAAAUUAGAACCCGACUAUCACUCUGUUCAUUUUUUUUGAACAAAGAGUUUAAAUAAAGCCUGAACCAGGGAAAAGAGAAAAUCCUCUA